CUGAGCGGACAGCGACGCAACUUUCCAAGCGAUCGCACCUCUCCAAUGGACAGCACCUAGAGUCAGGUCCGGACCCCUGCGCCCGUCCCUCAUCACUUCGCUGCCGCCCGUCAACGCCACAGCUGCCGCACGUGGAGCUGGCGCGCGCCUCCCGUCAACAUGGAGGGAGAUGUGGACAAAAAAGAGGCAACUGCGACGGUCCGAGACUUCGACCCGAUCAGCGGGAGCAUCCCGGCCACCAAAGUGGAGAUCUCAGUGUCAUGCAGGAAUUUGUUGGACCGAGACACUUUCUCCAAAUCAGACCCAUUGGUGGUGCUCUACACUCAAGGCGUCGAGUGCAAACAGUGGAGAGAGUUUGGUCGGACAGAGGUGAUCGACAACACAUUGAACCCAGAUUUUGUCCGAAAAUACAUCCUGGACUACUUCUUCGAGGAGAAACAGAAUCUACGCUUUGACGUGUAUGAUAUUGAUUCUAAAAGUCCAGAUCUGGGAAAACAUGACUUCCUGGGCCAGGUCUUCUGCACUCUGGGAGAGAUCGUGGGCUCGCCGGCCAGCCGCUUGGAGAAACCUCUAGGAGGCAUACCCGGGAAGAAAUGUGGGACCAUUAUUCUGUCAGCGGAGGAGCUAAGCAACUGCAGGGACUGUGCCUCCAUGCAAUUCUGUGCCAACAAACUGGACAAGAAGGAUUUUUUUGGGAAGUCCGAUCCCUUUAUGGUUUUCUACAGAAGCAAUGAAGAUGGCACGUUCACCAUCUGCCAUAAGACGGAGGUGGUAAAGAGCACGCUGAACCCAGUGUGGCAGCCCUUCUCCAUUCCUGUCAGAGCGCUGUGCAACGGAGACUACGACAGAACGAUCAAAGUGGAAAUCUAUGACUGGGACCGAGAUGGAAGCCAUGAUUUCAUUGGAGAAUUCACUACCUGCUACACUCAGCUGUGCCGGGGUCAGUGCGUCUUUGAGGUGGUCAAUGCCAAGAAGAAACUCAAGAAGAAGAGAUAUAUAAACUCAGGAACGGUGUCCUUGUUGUCAUUCAACGUGGAGUCGGAUCACACUUUCCUGGAUUAUAUCAAAGGAGGGACGCAGAUUCACUUCACGGUGGCCAUUGAUUUCACUGCAUCAAAUGGAAACCCCUCUCAGUCCACAUCUCUGCACUACAUGAACCCGUACCAGAUGAAUGCGUACGCCAUGGCACUGAAGGCCGUGGGGGAGAUCAUCCAGGACUACGACAGCGACAAGAUGUUCCCCGCUCUGGGCUUUGGGGCCAAGCUGCCCCCUGACGGCCGGGUGUCCCACGAGUUCCCUCUGAAUGGAAAUGUGGAUAAUCCAUACUGUAACGGUAUGGAGGGCAUCCUGGAGGCGUACCACCAAAGUCUGAAGACGGUGCAGCUCUACGGACCCACCAAUUUCGCGCCGGUGGUGAAUCAUGUUGCCAGAUAUGCAGCAGCUGUUCAGGAUGGCUCGCAGUACUUUGUCCUUCUCAUCAUUACGGAUGGUGUCAUAUCAGACAUGGCUCAGACAAAGGAGGCCAUUGUGAAUGCUGCUAAACUGCCAAUGUCCAUCAUCAUAGUGGGAGUUGGACAAGCCGAGUUUGAUGCCAUGGUGGAGCUGGAUGGAGAUGACGUGCGGAUUUCCUCUCGAGGCAAACUCGCUGAAAGAGAUAUUGUACAGUUUGUCCCAUUCAGAGACUACAUGGACCGCACAGGGAACCAUGUCCUGAGCAUGGCACGGUUAGCUAAAGACGUGUUAGCCGAGAUCCCAGACCAGGUCAUCUUGUACAUGAAAAGCAGGGCCAUCAAACCCAACCCUGUCCCCCCUCUGUACCUGUCUGAGGACCAGUCCAAACCUGUGUGACCCGUCCUGCCCCCACCCCCACCCCGCUGGACCAGAACGCCAGCUCCACCAAACACAACGAUCCUUUAACAGACGCUCUUCAAGGCUCUUUGCUGAAUAUUGAGACUCCAUUUUGUCUGGAGCCUGGAUUGAUGGAGGUCGAUGGCAUGUGAAGACGCGUGCGUUGGCUUGAGAUGCGAGGCUUAGUGGUGUGCUGUUACCUGUCCAAGUGGUGAUAUUCCGGCGUUAGCAAAUAAUCCCGUAGAGGGCCUGUCCUGAAGGCAUCCAUACAAUAUUAGAAUGUGUGUAUCAUGUCUGUGAUACCUUUUGGGUCAAGUGUGUUCAAAUAGGACGUCUAUGUAUAGUUCAUUUAUUUACUGCAGAAAAAUUAUUUAUUCCUUUACAGAGGUUUUAUGAAAUGGAUAGGGAUCAAAGUCAUAACUCCUGGUAGUUUUCCAUCCCUAUAUUUUGUGACAAGUGUAAUAAUAAAAGUUGUUUCUAUCUUUGAUAAGAACUGUAUUAUAAGAGCAUGUUUAUCAAUCGUUUUGGCUGAUGUACUUUAGACUAUGAUAGAGGAGGACCUGCUGCAAUGUUUUUUUCCAUAUACAAAUUUUUCAGCAUCACGUCUUUUACCGAUAUUUCUAGUCUUUAUAAAAACAGAAUGCACUACUGUCCUAUUCAAAGCACAACCGUAAUGAACAAAGAGUCAUUGAAUGCACCACAAUAGACAUAAUGGAAAGUAUUGUGGUUUGUGUUUGCAGCUACGCCUUCCAUCUCCAACACCAAUGCUAUUGUUAAAAUUAUCAUACCAGCUGUUAUUUCCAUAAAAUUUCAUAAAUAAUUCAAAAUGUGUUGCCAUUGUGAGCACACAGGGAGACUGCUGUAUAUCAUUUGACCACUGCAUUUAUUUCCAUUAUGUUUGCUGUGUUGGCUUAUUUGUAGUACUUUUUAAGGACCCUACUUUAAACUUUUUGCAAAAAUGAUGUCAACAUUAUAUUUAUUUUAAUUAUAGUCCCAGAAUGUACAAAUACAAAUCUUGCAACACAAAAUCUGUUUGCUGAUGACACAUCACACUGCACAGGCGGGAUUAGCUCAUGUUGUAUCAUUUCACCAUUGAUCUGAACAUACUGGGAUUACAUAACAACAAAAGCUGUAUUUAACUUAAAAAUGUCUUGCUUUUCCUGACUGUUCACAACCUAUUCCUAAAGAUCAUUUUCACCUGUACCUCCGACACAUUCGAUAUCGAUAUUCCAAAUGUGCCUAUUAUAUGGAAACAUAUCCCAACUCCCAGGUUUCUGCUUCUUUAAAGGAAAAUCUCUUCACACCACGACUGUGGUGACUAUAUCACUGUUGCAAGAUUAGGUUUAAUACAGCAGAUGGUUUGUUAUGUUUUGUACUCCUAUACAGAUCUCCACAAAUGAUAAUCUUUGUGCAUUGAAAGUGAUGCGGCUAAGUAUGUCUGCGUACUAUUUAUAAAGUUUACAACUGAACUGUGGUCACACAGAGGGAGGUAGGGUUAUGAUAUUUGCAUUAUUUUGUUUACUAGAAAUACAUUUUAUUGAAAAAGUUUACAAAGACGAGCAGAUGGGUUUUUGAGAAUGUGAAUUUUUUUUUUUGUUUGUUUUGGCAUCAUCUUGUCAUUAGCACAAAUAUUUCUGUCUUGCAUAAUGUUGCUUUAAUGUUGCUCUUCUCCACGUCAAUAAUGCACAGCUCCUAGGCCUAGUUUUUAGAGUUUUAUGUGUUAGGUUUCUGUUCAUUAUUUUAUAUAAUUAUUUCUCCCUCAGAAGUCAUUUACUUUUCUGCCAGAAUCACUUGUACAUUAGGUGAAAUGAGGCCAUUAUAAUUAGUUGUGUAACUCUCAUAAAAUACCAAUAUACCUCGAGAAAAAGCCUAUUAAGCCAAAAAAAAGUAUUAUUAUUAUUAUAUAUAGUUUAAUUGAGACACUAUUAUGAACUCAACUUUAAAUGUCAUUUCAUGAAAUAUGACUUUGACAAUUAACCUCGGCUCUUAGUCCCAUUUUUAUUGUUGAUGGAGUUGUUCAGACCAAACUGCUUCACUUUUGCUGUUUACAGGCUUUGCUAUGAAAGUGAAUAAUAAAUCAAAUCAUGCAAAUGUGUGAAAGGGGAUGAGAUGCAAAGAGGAGACAGGGGCCAUUUAUUAUGUGCACUUUUUUGACAUAAUGUUUGCCAACUCCAGAAAAUAUAUGUUUUAAUGUCCCUGAGGGCUGUUACCUCUGUAGGAAAUCACUAUUACCAUUCUGAAGACUAUAUGAAUGGAUGAGCACAGUAAUGAGACUUAUGCAAUUAUGGCACGUUUGAUUUGAAUAUACAUUUUGUUAUGUUUUCCUCAGAGAUGUCUCUUCUAAAGCACACAAUAUGUUUUUUUGUUAAUUAAACAACAUAGCUUUGAUUAUCUUUUCAGACAAAACAUUAUGACCUGCCAUAUGUUGGUUACUAUAGCAUUAGGUGAUGUGGUCAUGUGACUAGUAUCAUAUUUCCAACUCAUUUUGUAUCAGCUCUGGCAGCCAUUAUGUCGGCCAUUUCAAGCAGUUUAUCUGUUGGAAAGGAUCGUUUCACAUCGCACAAGUAUUGCCUAUCUCUCAUCCAGUUUUUCGUACUUCAAAAUAUGUCAUUGCUGCUAGAUAGAUACCCUACAUGCUAAAAUGUGUCCUAUUAUAAAAACAGUGGUCAUAAUGUUAUGUCUGAUUUGGUGUAUUUUCACAUUACUUUGUUGUUGUACAUAAUCACUGUAUUUAAUGUAACCAGUGCCAAACCCAUCCCUUGGCCUCUCGUAGGUGAUGUGCAUGCUUGUGCCAAACUCAGUGGUACAUUAGUACAUAGUCUCAUCCCUCUCUUAUAUAGUUUAGAGCCGGUUAAUUAGCUGGGACGAUGUUAGCGAUAGCAGCCGCACUCCGCAUGAUGCAUCUCAGCUUCCUUUGUUUUCCAUUGAGAUUUGAUUUGCAAAACCACCACUGUUUUGAGUUGGGCCACUCCUCCCGUUCUAUCCCAGGGUGUUUACAUACCUCUUGGACUUUUGCAUGCUGAAUAUUUCCAAACCAGGUGUUGGACAUGAUCUUGUCGUUAUGCUGUGGUUUGUGAAAUGCUUUGUAAUGGAUUGCCUUAACUGACCAUAAAGAAUAAAAUACUGACAACUUUG